CACUCUUUCUGUUUGUGUGUGUAUUUGUUAUCUAUAUUUAUUUGCACGGAUCGGGAUUGAAAGCUAGUUUUGAGAGUCGGCAUUUUACUAGGGAAGUAAUUCGAUAUUGGGUAUUGUUUGGAGUUAUUGUUUUAUUUCUAGAUUGUUUAGAUUUGUCUGGAAUCGAAGGAUUGGGUGCUUGAUUCAUAAUUAGGAGUUGAAUUGGGCAAUUUGUCUUCUGAAUUCUGUGUUCUUGUUAUACAAGAUUCUCUAGAUUAGAUUAUCAAACCAAGCCAAGCCUUAAGUCCCAUAAAAGAGGUGUUGCUUCAAUGCUGGUAGGAGUUUCUGGAAAUGUUGAUUAUAGGAUAUUGGACAUUUCAUGUUAUGACAGGCUAUGAUUUUCAUAUUUCUUGGAGAUUUAGGUUAGAACAAUAGUGUUUUUUCUGUUACUGGGUUUUUUUAGAUUGAAGAAUUUGGACAUGAGAAGCCCUUGGUAUAGUAAAUUAUCCCUGUUAUUGGGCCCCCGGUUGCCGCACAACUGGUUACUCUUGUGUCUCAUCAGUGUCCUUGUAGUAAUUGUGUUAUUAGGAUCGUCUUCUUCUAGUGCCUUUGACUCUGUAACUUCCACGGCGAGGUCCGAUGUCUAUUCAAAUUACAGAAGAUUAAAGGAGAAAGCAUUAAGUGAUUACUUGGAGUUGAAGUCUUUCUCUUUAGGAGCUACUCGUCAAAGGGAGUUUAGUUUGUGUGGAAAAGAAAAAGAGAAUUAUGUACCUUGCUAUAAUGUGUCUGCGAAUUUGUUAGCUGGGUUUAAGGAUGGGGAGGAGUUUGAUAGGCAUUGUGAAGUGUCUCGAGAACAACAGAGUUGUUUGGUUCGGCCCCCUAAGGACUACAAGAUCCCCCUGAGGUGGCCGGCUGGUGAGGAUGUGAUUUGGAGUGGAAAUGUGAAGAUUAGCAAAGACCAAUUUCUCUCUUCCGGAAGCAUGACGAAAAGGCUAAUGCUACUAGAAGAGAAUCAAAUUGCUUUUCACUCUGAGGAUGGAUUGAUCAAUGACGGAGUCAAAGAUUACUCUCGCCAAAUAGCAGAGAUGAUAGGUUUAGGAAGUGACUCUGAAUUUCUUCAAGCUGGUGUGCGCACUGUAUUAGAUAUUGGUUGUGGGUUUGGUAGCUUUGGGGCUCAUUUGCUGUCACUCAAGUUAAUGGCUGUUUGUAUUGCGGCCUAUGAGGUAACAGGUAGCCAAGUUCAGUUAGCCCUUGAGAGAGGUCUUCCGGCAAUCAUUGGCAACUUCAUUUCAAGACAGCUUCCAUACCCAUCAUUGUCAUUUGAUAUGGUUCACUGUGCUCAAUGUGGCAUUUCAUGGGACAAAAAAGAUGGGAUGUUCCUUAUCGAGGUUGACCGGGUACUCAAGCCUGGAGGUUACUUUGUGCUAACCUCCCCAACAGUUCAGCCGCAUAGAAAUUCAUUGAGCUCAAAAAAGGGUAGCAUAAUAAAACCAAUUGAAGAAUUCACCGAAAAACUCUGUUGGAGUCUUUUGGCUCAACAAGAUGAGACUUUCAUCUGGCAGAAAACUGCGGAUGCUUAUUGCUAUAUAUCUGGCAAGCAGAGUGCUGUACCUCUUUGUAAAGAAGGCCAGGAUGCUCAAUCAUAUUAUCAACCACUAGUGUCUUGUAUAAGUGGGACCAACUACAAACGCUGGAUUCCCAUUCAGAACAGGUCUUUUGGUUCGGUUGUGAGUGCAGCUGAGCUUGAAAUUCAUGGAGUUCAGCCUAAUGAUUUCUUCGAAGACUUACAGAAUUGGAAGUCAGUGCUGAGAAACUAUUGGUCUCUGCUUACGCCAUUAAUUUUCUCUGACCAUCCAAAGAGGCCAGGAGAUGAAGACCCAUUACCUCCACAUAACAUGUUACGCAAUGUGAUGGACAUGAAUGCUCAUUAUGGGGGUUUAAAUGGUGCAUUUCUUGAAGAAAAAAAAUCAGUUUGGAUGAUGAAUGUUGUGCCCAUUGGGGCACGUAAUACGCUUCCUCUCAUACUUCAUCAAGGUUUUGCCGGUGUUUUGCAUGAUUGGUGUGAACCCUUCCCUACAUAUCCUCGAACAUAUGACAUGCUUCAUGCGAAUGGGCUUCUUUCACACCUUAUUUCCGAAGGAUGCAGUGUAAUGAGCCUGUUCUUGGAGAUGGAUCGUAUUCUACGUCCGGAGGGAUGGGUUGUCGUUAGUGAUAUACUGGAGUCUAUAGAGCAUGCACGUUCACUUGCCACACAGAUCCGAUGGGAAGCAAGGGUAAUUGACCUUCAAAAUGGCAGUGACCAACGGCUACUUGUUUGCCAAAAGCCAUUUUUGAGAAAAUGAUUGAUUCAAUUGUGGGUGGUCUCAUCCUUCCUUAGACCGUCCAGUUUUUCAACCUCUGUCAUUGGCUGAUAAGGUAUCGAUAAGCAUACAAGAUUUACAAUGAUCUGUAACAGGACCACGGGGAAAUCUGUGCUUAAUACUUGAUUUGGAGUCUUGGCAGACUUGAAGAUGCCGAGAUUGAAAGGAAGGGCGUGGAAGCUGUAGAUUUGAAGGUUGACGUACCCGCAGUUUUUUUUUUUUUUUUAAUAUUUUUUAUAGGAGGUUGUAGCAAUUCAUUUGUCCCAUUUUUUUCCUUUGUUUGUUUGUUUGUUUGUUGGUGUUUUUUUUUUUUUUAAAAAUCAGUUCCUACAUCUCUUCACUAAUUUUAUAAUUGAUUGUGUUUUUGUAAUGGACACUCUACCAUUGAAGAGAGGGGUGCUGGCCACGAAUUGUAAGAUUUUUGACUUUAUAAUAUAAAUUCUUUCUCGUCCUA